AUGAACAAUCGAUCCUUUCCUGUCGAGGCUCUGGGAGCCUCCACAUUUGUUCUCUUAUUUUCACUAGCCUGCCUCAUCUUGAGUACUUUGCUAGUUUGUCUUCUCAUUAAGUUUGGAGAAAGAUCGAAAUAUGUGACCUUUUUCUCUGUAUUCACUGUUGUGAGUACAUUCGCCUCGAUAAUACAACAAAUACAUUUCGUUGCCAAUUGGAAUAUCAUCAAGCAAGGUCAUUUUGAACAUGUCAUGGAUAAGAUGCACCGCCAUGGCAUAGCCUUUGGUGGCGCUGGUGAGACUUGGGAUUUAGUCCUCUUCUAUAUACAGUUCUAUUGCUACAAUGCUAUGAGCUUAAAUAUUCUAUUUUGGGCAAUAUCCCUAUUUAAUAGCUCAUGGGCGGAUACUUUUUCGCGUCUCGGAGAUCGCAAUAACAAGUUAGCUUCUGCUUCUAAAGUAUUCUCCAUAAUUUGGCCUGGGGUCAUCAUUGCUCUUAUGCAAUGUCAAAUGCUACAACACAUUCCAAUACUCCAUAUUACCGUCUCAUACAUAACUAUGUUUACAAGUUUAACACUUGGAAGUGUCCUACUAGUUUUGAUUCUCUUCAAGUAUAUCAAAACAAGACGACUAUUAGCGGAAUGCAACGGCCGAGGCGAGUGGUGGGCAACUAUCGAUGCGGACGAUCUUAUGUACAGAACUUCUACUACAGACAGUAACAGUAGUUCAGUCAGUGCCAAGAUAAGUAGCAAAAAGAAAUCUAUCUAUGAUAGAGCCCUGGUUACACGAUUCACUAUCGGAUUUGUGGUAAUGAGGCAAGUCGUCAUCAUAUUCUUUACACUUUUCCAGAUCAACAACAAUAGAGAGAUGGCCGAGUCUGGCGAGCCAGAUUUAAGUGUAGAUGGUGCAAUCGAAGAAUCCUUCAUGUUCAUACCGGGAGUGUCAGUCUCACUUAUAGCCUUCCUCGUUUUUGGCACGACCAAAUCUUGGCGUCGCUAUCGUGACCUUAUCUUUGAUGGUUGCAGUAGCCACAAUCACAAAGAAAACUAUAGAGGGAUCGGAGGUAAAGGUAUGACUAACUUCUAA